UCCACCCAUCGCUGCUCGUAUCCUCACCGCAAGAAUGGCGGCACCUCCCCACGUCCUCCCCUUCCUCUCCCCGUCCUCAGCAUCCGCCUCCCUGCGCGCCCCCUCCGGCCGCCGCCGCGCCGUCAACCUCCGCAUCGCUGCCGCAGCGGGGCAGGCCGGCUUCUUCACCCGCCUCGGCCGCCUCAUCAAGGAGAAGGCCAAGAGCGACGUCGACAAGCUCUUCUCCGGCUUCUCCAAGACCCGCGAGAACCUCUCCGUCGUCGACGAGCUCCUCACCUACUGGAACCUCGCCGACACCGACCGCGUCCUCGACGACCUCGAGGAGGCGCUGCUGGUGUCCGACUUCGGGCCCAAGAUCUCGUUCCGGAUCGUCGACACGCUCCGCGACGAAAUCCGCGACGGGAAGCUCAAAUCCGGCAGCGAGAUAAAGGCGUCGCUGAAAAGAUGCAUCCUUGACCUGCUGACAAGCAAGGGCAGCAACACCGAACUCAAGCUCGGCUUCAGGAAGCCGGCGGUCAUCAUGAUUGUGGGAGUGAAUGGUGGUGGAAAGACAACAUCGCUAGGAAAGCUUGCUCACAGAUUUAAGAAUGAAGGAGCGAAGGUAUUGAUGGCAGCAGGUGAUACCUUCAGAGCUGCAGCUCGUGACCAGCUAGAAGUUUGGGCUGAGAGAACUGGCUCAGAGAUUGUUAUCGAUAGAGAUAAGAAGGCACAAGCUCCAUCAGUUCUUUCGCAGGCAGUGAAACGUGGGAAGCGUGAAGGAUUUGAUAUUGUUCUGUGUGAUACGUCAGGACGACUUCAUACAAAUUAUGGUCUGAUGGAAGAGUUGGUUACUUGCAAAAAAGUCAUGGCCAAAGCCCUUCCUGGUGCUCCCAACGAGGUAUUGUUGGUUCUGGAUGGCACAACUGGCUUAAAUAUGCUACAGCAAGCGAGGGAGUUCAACGAUGUUGUUGGAAUCACAGGAUUUAUCCUGACAAAGCUAGAUGGCACUGCUCGUGGUGGCUGUGUGGUUAGCGUUGUCGAUGAACUUGGGAUACCAGUGAAGUUCAUCGGUGUUGGCGAAGGGGUGGAAGAUCUCCAGCCUUUUGACGCAGAGGCAUUUGUGGAAGCCAUUUUCCCAUAAAUUUUGAUUCUGGAGAAAAACAGACAUUCUUCUGAUGUACAUCCUCAAAACUUUGUGGCAUUGCUAUUAGUAUUUUUCAUGUAACAAGAUUUUGCUAACCUGCUAGAAGUUAGAAGCAAUUUUGUGAGCAUCUACAGUUUUUUCAGUC